AUUAAAUUAGACAAUAUGGAGUCGUGAUGGCACAGCUUUUAUAAUAAUUCAGUAAAAAUCUUUCCUGCAGAGGUAAUAGUACUGUUACAUGUUUCAAGAUGGAAUCUAGUCAGAUACCAAUUACACAACUAUCAGUGGCACCUAUAUUAGCAUCAAUGUCUUCAGCAACACAGCCAAGUGCCCAACUAACAACUGGAAUGACCUUGACCUCUACUUAUGGUACAGCUACAAUUCCAUCAGUUCCAUCAGUAAGCUUGCCGAUUUCAACAAAUAAUGUAAAUAUUACAACACAAGAGACACCAUCCACAUCACAGAAACCUGUUCUACAGAAUGUUUCAUUACCAGCCCCACAAACUCCAAAAGUGUCUGUAACUGCAUCUGGAAGCCAAGUGUCAUCAAGAUAUCAACCCACUCCAGAUUUGUCCAGCUCUAUGGAACGUAGAAGUUCAAAAAGGUCAAUUAAGCGUAAGAGAUUUGAUGAUGAAGUUGUUGAAUCUAGUUUACCAAAACAGGAGAGACCUUCAAGGGAUAGGAAAGUGUCAGGGACUGUGACAAUAGAAGCAGAUCGUCAGACAAAGGAAGUGACCACGGGUAAAAAAGAUGUUGGAACGAUUGUGUCUACUACAGAAAGGAAGAAAACCCCUGGUAAAGUUUGUAAGACAUCGAGAUCUAGAAACAGAUCAAAGAAACAGAAACCAAGGGCACCUGCACCGGCAUCUGUUAAGGAUCUUGGGCGCUGGAAACCUACCGAUGAUUUAGCUUUAAUAACAGCUGUCCAACAGACCAAUGACCUUACAGCAGUAUACCUUGGAGUAAAAUUUUCCUGUAAAUUUACGUUGAAGGAGAUACAGGAAAGAUGGUACAGUCUGCUGUAUGACCCAAUUAUCUCAAAAUUAUCAGUGCAGGCCAUGAAACAAUUCCACCCAGAUGUUCUAGCCUCAGUACAAGCUAAAGCUUUAUAUAGUAAAUCUGAGGAGACUUUGUUAGGCAAAAUAACAUCUACAAGUAACCCAACUGUGGAGAAGUUUCAAGAAGUAUUAGAUAAUCAUCCGGACACAUUUUACCCGACACGAACAGCAAAAGCUCUACACAGUCAUUGGCUACUGAUGAAACAAUAUCAUUUGUUACCUGACCAAUCAGUGCAGCCGAUGCCCCGUGGUGAUCAUGUGCUCAAUUUUUCUGAUGCCGAGGAUCUGCUCACUGACGAAGAUUUGAAAGGUUUAUUGAAGGAAGCUAAAGAUGACACUGUGGAGCAAGAGUUAGCUGUGGCUGACAGAAGAAACAAGAGGGAAAUACGUCAUCUAGAACAAGAGUUACCAAAAUGGCAGGUUUUAGUGGACAGUGUGACAGGAAUCAGUCCGCCAGAUUUUGACAACCAGACACUGGCUGUUUUGAGAGGUAGACUGGUUAGAUAUCUGAUGAGAUCAAGGGAGAUAACUCUAGGACGUGCCACAAAAGACAACCAGAUAGAUGUUGACCUGUCACUAGAAGGUCCAGCAUGGAAGAUAUCAAGGCGACAGGGUAUUAUCAAACUGAGAGGCAAUGGGGACUUUUAUAUUGCUAAUGAGGGAAAGAGACCUAUUUAUAUAGAUGGAAAACCAAUUCUUACCGGCAAUAAACAAAGAUUGUGUAAUAACUCAGUGGUAGAGAUCUCUUGUUUACGGUUCAUUUUCCUAAUAAACCAAGAUCUGAUUAACUCUAUAAGAACAGACACUCAGAAAAUACCUGUAUCAACUUGACACAGCAGACAGAAUAGCUAAAUGAAGAUAUUUGAUAUACAUGGAUAGAAGAUAACUGUUUUAUCUGGACACAUACAAACAAGGUGCCAUGUGAAGCAGGGAGAAUAAUAAAAUACCUGUAUCAAAUUUACUUAUAUCCAACGAUCACAGGUGUUUUCUUCGGUGUUUUAAAGAAGCAAAUGAACAAAUGCUUGAAGUGCUUGGACAGUGAUAUUUAGGCUUUCAGGAUGGUGUAAUAUAUAUAGAUAGAGCUGGAAGCCUAAGCAUGCCCCUGGAAAAUCCUAGUCUAGGACAGUACAUGUUUUACAUGGAUUUACUUCAGACAUUCAUAGCAUGUUUACAGACCUCAGAUAGUAUUUUUUGUGGAAGGACACAGUUGGUGAUACUCGUUUAAAAGUUGCUAGAAUUCAGAUCAAAUAGUUAAUGUUUUUUUUCUCUUGAUCAAAUUUUAUAUGUAUAUUUUAUAGCGAUAUAUCUGAAUAAGAUAAUAUGAAUAUUGUUAAAUAGAAUAUUACAUACAUGUACUGUUGUUUUGACUUUUGAUAUGAAAAAGCAGCAUGAAAUAUAUGUUUAAUUUUGAAGAAAGAAACUGUUAAUGUCUGUAAAGGUUAUGAUAAAUGGUCAAUGUAAAUAAAAGAGAAAAUAAA